CCCAAACAGACAUUUUUGCCAUUCUUGCGACGGGAAACCACUCCACUCGACAGCAACAGAAACACCCAGGACAUCCGUAUUUUUACUCUUUUAUUCCACACAUAUCGCCUCAACUUGUAAGGACCCAACAUGUUUUACACUUGUGGACCAAAUGAAGCCAUGGUGGUGUCUGGCUGUGGGCGGUCUCCUCCUCUCAUGAUCGCUGGAGGACGGGUGUUUGUAUUCCCGUGCAUUCAGCAGAUCCAGAGAAUAACUCUGAACACUUUGACUCUGAACGUGAAGAGUGACAAAGUCUACACCCGUCAUGGCGUCCCCAUCUCUGUCACUGGAAUCGCACAGGUGAAAAUCCAGGGUCAGAACAAAGAGAUGUUGGCGACAGCGUGUCAGAUGUUCAUGGGAAAGUCGGAGGCGGAGAUCGCUCAGAUCGCCUUGGAAACGCUGGAGGGUCAUCAGAGAGCCAUCAUCGCUCAUCUGACUGUGGAGGAAAUCUACCAGGACCGUAAGAAGUUCUCUGAGCAGGUUUUUAAGGUGGCCUCGUCUGACCUGGUGAACAUGGGCAUCGGCGUCGUCAGCUACACUCUGAAGGAUGUCCACGAUGAUCAGGACUACCUCCACUCUCUGGGUAAAGCCAGAACUGCUCAGGUCCAGAAGGACGCUCGGAUUGGAGAGGCUCAGUACAAGAGAGAUGCAGUCAUGAGGGAAGCCCAUGCGAUGCAGGAGAAGGUGUCUGCUCAGUACAAGAAUGAGAUCGAAAUGGCCAAAGCUCAGAGAGAUUAUGAGCUGAAGAAAGCCGCCUACGACGUGGAGGUCAACACCAAGAAGGCAGAGUCUGAGAUGGCCUACCAGCUUCAGGUGGCAAAGACCAAGCAGCGCAUCGAGGAGGAGAAGAUGCAGGUGCAGGUGGUGGAGCGCUCGCAGCAGAUCAUGCUUCAGGAGCAGGAGAUCAUCAGGAAGGAGAAGGAGCUCGACGCCAAAGUCAAGAAGCCCGCCGACGCCGAGAGAUACAAGCUCGAGAAACUGGCAGAGGCUCAGCGCCUGCAGCUCAUCAUGGAGGCUGAGGCAGAGGCUGAGUCCAUCCGGAUGAAGGGAGAGGCUGAGGCGUUUGCCCUGGAGGCUAAAGGCCGGGCUGAGGCAGAGCAGAUGUCAAAGAAAGCUGAAGCCUUCAAACAGUACCAGGAUGGAGCCAUGGUGGACCUGCUGCUCGAGAAACUGCCACUGAUGGCGGAGGAGAUCAGCAAGCCCCUGUGCGCUGCUCAGAAGGUUACCAUGAUUUCCAGCGGAGGGUCAGAGGUCGGCGCGUCCAAACUGGCAGGAGAGGUGCUGGAGAUCAUGACCAGGCUGCCCAAUGCUGUGGAGAAACUCACCGGAAUCGACAUCUCUCAGGCAACUGGAAAGACCCAUUAAGAAGAGGAGUCUGACGAAUUGCAUUUCCUCCAUGUGCCUAUUAUUACAAUAUGAGUCUGGAUCUCCACUCUCCAGUCUGCUCUGUGUGUUUGCAUGUCUCAUUUAUAUCAGGUGCCCUGUCACAGGACCAGCACCGGAUCAGUACUGUUAAAACAUUUGUUCAGAGUAAAGCGAAAAACGUACAAUUUUGCUUUUUUAAUUUCAAAUCUACUUUUAAAAAAAAUAGCCGUAGAAUUUGUUUUAACAAUUUUUAUAUAUAUAAUAAUACAAUCAACUUUUUUACAUAAUUUCACCUGGUAUUACCUCUUUUCUAUCUAUCUAGUUGUUUUUUAAUUUGUUAACUUGCCCUGUUGUAAGUGGGCAGCAUGUGAAUUUAUGUGAUUGCAAUUCAGACUGAAGGAAGAGGAAGUGGUAGAGGGAGCAAACUUGGGAUUUCCUGUUUGAAAAAAUGAAAGUGUUUCGUGGUUGGAAAUGAUGCUUUUUAUUUGGGGCUCGUCGCAUUUUGUGUUCAGUUGUCUCUUUGUUCCUCAGCGCUUUGACUUCUUGAUUUCUCAGCUGUCAAUCACCUGCUAAAGAGUAGUUGGAGUUAUGGUAUUAUGACUAAUAUCUUUGCAAUUACUGGGCCUAGCCACGUGAAACAAAAACUGACAUUAUUUCUCUUCUGCUUGUCUCUAUGGAGUAUGGCUUUAAACACUAAUAAUUAGUUGUUUUUAUUUCUAAAAUUGCGUGCUCCUGCGUCACCUUCUUGUCUUCGUUGAGAUGUAUGAUUUUAAUGUUAUACUUCAGUCAUAAUUUAAUGAAACGGGCACAGUUGUUAGUUGAAAGAACUUUAAUUGACAAGUUAAACGUAAAAAAAAUUUAAACAUACUUCUUCCCUCCAUGUAUUUUAUCAUUAUUUUACUCGUUUUCAUGGUUACAAACAAAAUAUUGUAUCUAAAUAUCUUUAAAAUGGCGCCUACUUACCAUAAACUUAAAGUUAUGUUACAAAAUCUUGAGGUUAACAAGUUGUAAAUGUGAAACAACUUUCCUCUCUCCUCCUAGUGUCUCUAUGGAGUAGCGAUUGCUUUUCUUGGAAUGAAAUGUUGUUUUUAUUUCUAAAAUUGCGUGCCCCUGCGUCACCUUCUUGUCUUCGUCGAGAUGUAUGAUUUUAAUUUGAUACUUCCAUUGUAACUCAGUCAUACAGACAGAGUUGUUAGUUCAAAGAACUUAAAUUGACAAGUUAAACAUAAAAAUGUUAAAUUAAUAAUGAUAAAACACAUGAAGGGAAGUGUGAAACAACUUUCCUCUCUCCUCCUAGUGUCUCUAUGGAGUAGUGAUUGCUUUUCUUGGAAUGUUCCGCAGUAUGACAUUAAACACUAAUGAUUAGUCGUUUUUAAUUCUAUUUCUAGAUGUAUGAUUUUAAUGUUAUACUUCAAUUGUAAUUCAAUUGUACAGACAGAGUUGUUGGUUGAAAGAACUUAAAUUUACAAGUUAAACAUAAAAAUGAUAAAAUACAUGAAGGAAGUCUGUAUUUUCUAUCUUUUUUUAUUGUUACAAACUAAAUAUUUUAUCUAAAUGUCUUUUAAAAUGGUGUUGACUUACCAUAAACUUAAAAUUGUGUUACAAAAUCUUGAGUUAAACAAGCUCUAAAUGUGAAACAACUUUCCUUUCUCCUCCUAGCGUCUCUAUGGAGUAGAUACUUCAGUUAAUACUUCAAUAAUAAUUUGAUGACACAGGCACAGUUGUUAGUUAAAUUGACAAGUUAAACAUAAAAAUGAUAAAACACAUGAAGGGAAGUCUGUAUUUUCUGUUUUUUUUUAUGGUUACAAACAAAAUAUUGUAUCUAAAUGUCUUCAAAAUUGUGCCCGCUUAUCAUAAACUUAAAAUUAUGUUACAAAAUCUUGAGUUUAACAAGCUCUAAAUGUGAAACGACUUUCUUUUCUCCUCCUUGUGGUUAUGAUUGACGGCUGAGGACUCAAAGAGACAGGUGAACAGAAAUGGGAUGCAGCCUUUAGUUGAAGUCUAUGCCUACUAACCUACUACUGUUUCUAUACUACUAUCGAAUGUGUUACAGCUAAGAGUAGAUACAUAAUGCAUAUUGUAGAGAGAUGUUGGUUUAUUGAACAUUUUGGAUGACUUUUAUUCUCUGUUUAUGGACAUGUACUGUUCCUGUGUAAGUUGCUUCUCUCUGUUACUGUUCUUAUCCAAAGGUUUUCUGCUGCCAAGCCUUAUGCAUCGCUCGACCUCCAAGUGCCUGGUUUUAAAACGCCUGUCGGACGUGUCUACACUGCAAAAACAAAUAUCUGCAUGAGUUUAAGUGACUUGCAUUCAGAGUAUUUAUCUUUUUGUAAUAGUUUAUGUUUAAGUUAAGGUUAAAGUAAAAUGGAAAGAAACAUUGUAAUUCGAAUUAACUAAGUGAUUCCGUGUAUUGUUUGUUAAUUCGUUUUUCAAAAUAAAAUCAAAAAUAAGAAAACGAAAAAACAACUAUAACAACUUCAUUAUUUGUCUCCAAAACCAGAAUGAAAAAAUGGAUAACGAUUUGUUUUUUCAGUUUUCGAUUUUGUGUUUAAAUGAAGAAUGGAAAAAAAACGGAUAAAGACCGUUUCCGUGACUUAAACUGCGAUGCCGGACUUUUACGCUGCAUGCAGACUGAACCAGGACUGAACCAGGACUGAACCAGGACUGAACCAGGACUGAACCAGGACUGAACCAGGACUGAACGACUUUCUGUCCUGGUCUGGUCCCAGUCUCAUUCCUGGACUCAUUCCUGGUCUGGACCCGGUCUCGGUCUCAGUCCUGGUCUCAGUCCGAGUCUCAGUUCUGGUCUCAGUUCUGGUCGCUGUCCCAAUCUCGGUCCCAGUCCUAGUCUCAGUUCAGGUCUUGGUCCCGGUCUCAGUCCCGAUCUCAGUCUUGGUCCUGGUCCUGGUCAAAGUUCUAGUCUCAGUCCCGGUCUGGUUCCGGUCUGGUCCCGGCCCUGGUUCAGUCCGUAUGCAGCGCAAAAGUGCGGCAUCGCGGUUUAAGUCAACGGCCGUGAUCUGUUUUCAAUAACAGCAGCAUAGCUUCUCUGUGGACACAAAAACUGAAAAGACAAAUAAUGAAGAAAAUUUUAUUUUUUUUUUUUUUCAUUUUCUGAUUUUUGGUUUUACUUUGAAAAACUAAUGAACGAAUGAUACACAGAUUUAGGUGUAACAAGCCAUUUUAUUCUAUUUUAAGUGGGCAUUUACUGUAUUAUGUUACAAUAAAUGAUUUAACCUGAAGGUAAACUAUGACUUUUCUGGUGCGGUUGGACUGCCAGCGUCUUAAAAUGUUCCAUAGUGUGACAUUAAAUUUAUCUAUCUUGCGUUUAUUGAACUACUGGUGCUUAUAGGCAGGAACAUGCAUUCUUACUGUGAGCGGGGUCGCCUCCCUACAGAUGUCGUUUAGUCUGACGGUGUCACCCCUUUGUUUCCAUGGAGACGGAUAAGUUUAUUGCUAUACUGUGGAUAAUUCAAGACAACGCAAUAACACCUCUAUGUAGACUGUGGCGGACCCUGUACCAGAAAAGUAAAUAGUAUGUCUUUAAGGUAUUUUAAACUAGGAUUUUUUUUUUUUUUUUAACUUUUCCAUGGUGUUUUCUAUUGGUUUAAAUCCAGUUUAACCUAAAAGAAGAAAAUGUUUUAGUAUUUGUGAAGAAAAAAACCCAACGGCUGAUAAUUUAGCUUGUAAAGAUGCAAACUGCUGAGCCAAGUCGAAGAAUCUAGGUUUAACGUGUAUAUACAUCUAAAAUAGCCCAAACUAUUUAAAGGGACAGAAUUUUGGACAUAGGACAUCAUUUUCCUAGUGAGCCAGAUCUGGUGUUGGAGAUGUGUGGAUACACUUUUUUAAAUAUUCCAUCCAGUCCUUGUAUUUGCAGAGGUCGCUGGUGCGAGGCUAGUGUAUGUCAAUGGCCAUAGUUAGCCUGCCACAAAAAACAGUCUUAUCCACUCCACAAAACGCCCGAAGAAAAUCUAUUAUUACACCAGACUGUCCAUGUAAAUGUCUGUUUCGAUAGAAUAAUUUCAGAAGUAAAACCAACCUUGCAUUAGAAGGAUUUAUGUCUGAGCAGCAGCGGCGAGUUAUACUAACUGAUAGAAAGUUUGGCAGUGGCGGAGUGAUAUAUGAGAAAAUAGUCCCUCAACAUGCAACGAUUCAUGCGAUACAAGGUUAGUUUUAUUUCAAACAUUAUUCUAUCAACAGACAUUUACAUCGACAGUCUGGUGUAAUAAUAGAUUUGUUUCAAAUGUUUUGUGGAGUUGGUAAGACUGUUUUUAGUGGCAGGAUAACUAUGGCCAUUGACAUGCACUAGCCUAGCACCAGCGACCUUUACAAAUACAAGAACGGGCUGGAAUAUUUUUAAAAGUCUCUACACGUCUCUAACACUCAGGACCUUAUUUCCUGGUGAGCCAAUGUCCAAAAUAUUACAAACUGUCCAUGACCAAUUCUCUGAUUUCAAGCCUCUUUCCCUCAUGUAGACCUCAAAUUUUUGCAGAAUGUUUUUUACAGCUCUCUGGGAAGCUUUGUUCUUAUCCAAAUCAUUAAAAGCCAUUGACCGCUGCUGUUCCUAUCUCAAGUUUGGAGCCAACUUUGUUAAUUGCUUGUAAGUUUAUCUAUGAAACUUAUCUGCAUGUAGUAGUCAUAAUGUAUGUAGAUAAAGUGUUGUGUACCAGUCUAUAUGAAAUGAUUAAAAUACUGUAGACAAUAAAUGUACUUUUCACUGACAAACUAAA